AUGCCAGACCCACAGGAAACUAGGAAAUACACCUCAAUUCCCCAAAAACCACCUAUUGUUGAUGAUGAAAAGGGCAAAAGUGAUAUGAAAAUGGCGUUUAUGAAUAUGGCCAACUCCAUUCUUGGUGCUGGGAUAAUAGGUCAACCAUUUGCGUUUAAGAACACUGGACUUGUAGGAGGGAUCAUAGUGCUAAUAUUGUUAACGUUUCUCAUUGACUGGACAUUGAGAUUGAUUGUGAAAAAUGCUACAAUGGCAAGAACUCAAUCAUACCAGGAUUUUGCUGCCCAUUGUUACGGGAAGUUUGGAAGAAUAUUGUUAUUAUUUUCCGUGGGGUCUUUUGCGUAUGGCGGAUGUAUGGCCUUUUGUGUCAUUAUUGGAGACACUAUUCCUCAUGUUUUGAAGGCAUUCAUUCCUGCUUCAAUUACAGAGUCUUCUGCUGCCGGGUGGCUUUUCCACAGAAAUGUCAUAAUCACCAUUUUUACCACUUGCAUAUCGUAUCCGUUAUCUUUGAACCGAGACAUUUCCAAAUUGGCCAGAGCGUCUGGGUUUGCACUUUUUGGAAUGUUGAUUAUCGUGGUGUUGGUUGCGGUCAGAGGCCCUUUCGCUGACAAAUCUUUAAGACAACCGCUUUCAACUGCCGAAUGGACGGUAAAUUAUAACAUUUUCCAGGGAAUUUCUGUGAUUUCCUUUGCCUUGGUGUGUCACCAUAAUACCACCUUCAUUUACAAUUCGUUGAAAACCAAGGUCAAGCAGAGAUUCGAUAUGCUUACCCAUGUGGUAUGCAUAAUAUCAAUGAUAUGUUGUCUUUUAAUGGCUGUAAACGGACUUGUCAAUUUUGGUGGAAAAACUAAAGGUAAUAUUUUGAAUAACUUCAAAAGCAACGAUAAUUGGAUCAAUGUUGCUAGGUUCUGCUUUGGAUUGAACAUGCUCACAACCUUCCCACUAGAGAUAUUCGUGGUUCGAGAUGUCAUGAGAGACAUUGUUUACUUCUCAUUGCACAGUAACGGUGACGAAAGCGGAAGCUCUCAUUUCGAGUUGAGCUCAAAACAGCACUUUUUCAUCACCACUUUUCUUGUGUUCACAAGUAUGAGUGUAGCCUUGUUCACUUGUAACUUAGGAAUUAUCCUCGAGCUUAUAGGAGCCACUUCGGCCUCUCUAAUGGCAUAUAUAAUUCCUCCAAUGUGUUACUUGAAACUCAGCUGGGAACAAAUAGACUACAAGAGCUUGAAUAACACCGAGAAAAGGCAAUUUCAUUUAUCGAAAACGUUGCCGUCUGUGGCAUGCACCAUAUUUGGACUCUUGGUGAUGGUUAUCAGCUCGUUCAUGAGUAUACGAACAAGCUUAAAAAGCUCUGGCGAGUCAGACCACUGUGUAUCAGAUUAG